AUGUUGACCACUCAAUGCUGGCGUCUUCCAUUCCGUGCAAGAUUUGCUUCUUGUCGAAGUUACCGCAGCUCAAUCGCAUUUUCUAUUCGGAGAUCUUUCAGUAGUGAUGCACCUGCAGGACGCAAUGACAAUGGACCAGCUCCUACCGUGGCCAUCAUUGGCUCCGGACCCGCAGGCUUCUACACCGCUCAAAAACUGUUGAGGGACAUUCGGGGGACGAGGAUAGACAUGUAUGAACAACUGCCUGUACCAUUUGGGCUCGUCAGGUUCGGAGUCGCUCCAGAUCAUCCAGAGAAUGUCCAAGACACCUUCCAAGCCAUCGCCGCGUCUCCUAAUUUCACUUUCAUUGGAAACAUCAAUCUGGGCCACGAUCUUCCCCUCCCACUUCUCGCCAGACACUACGAUGCCAUAAUCUUCGCGUAUGGCGCGUCAAAAGACCGGAAAAUAGGCUUGGAGGGAGAAGACAAGCCUCACAUCUAUUCCGCCCGCGCUUUCGUGGGCUGGUACAAUGGUCUUCCCGAAUACCGACAUCUGGACCCUGACUUGACAGCCGGGGACACCGCGGUGGUUGUUGGGCAGGGAAAUGUGGCAUUGGACGUGGCCAGAACACUUUUGAGCAGAAUCGAGGCUCUGAGAAAGACUGAUAUUACAGAAUACGCAUUAAACGCCCUUUCUGCAAGCAAAAUCAAGCAUGUCCAUGUCGUGGGUAGGAGAGGGCCCAUGCAAGCAGCGUUCACGAUCAAGGAAGUGAGGGAGCUUUUGCACCUCGACGAUGUCAAUUUCCGUCCUAUACCAGAUCAUCUUUUCCCGCCAGACCUGUCAAAGUUGCCUCGCCCGAAGCGACGACUCAUGGAACUUCUGAAAAAGGGGAGCCCUUUGAAGGACAACGCCACAAAAUCAUGGUCUCUGGACUUUUUGCUCGCACCCAAGUCGCUAGAAUGGUCCCAGUCAGACCCAGACAUCCUGCAAGGAGUGGUGUUCUCAAAAACAGAACUCGAAAAUCCAGCAGAUCCAGAAUCCAAAGUCAGCACCACGGAUGACACACAGCUGGUAUCCACAUCGACGCUGUUCCGAUCGAUAGGCUACAAGGCCGAAGCCAUCCCUGGGAUGGCAGACCUGGGUGUCGACUUCGACGAGAGAAAAGGGGCCAUUCGGCAUGACGGGCUGGGACGAGUCGUGCCACUGGAGAAAGCCGAGACUUCAGGACACGAUGUCAGCAUAUACUGCUCAGGCUGGGUGAAACGCGGUCCGACCGGCGUGAUCGCCAGCACCAUGACCGAUGCGUUUCAAACCGCCGAAGCAAUCGUGGAGGACUGGAAGAAAAAGGUUCAAGGUUCGACGACGGCACCGACUGAGAGACGAGAUGGUUGGCAGGGCGUCCAGGCCGACGCCGUCUCGUCCAGCUUCCCACUCAGACCGAUCCACUGGGACAACUGGCAGAACAUAGACCAGGUGGAGAAGAAGAUCGGGAAGCAAAAGGGCAAGCCGAGGGAGAAAUUUGGGAGUGUUGAGGAGAUGUUGGAGGUGAGCGGCGCAUGA